UUUUAUCUUUUUUUUUUAAUCUCUUAUUUUUAAAGAUUUUAUUGUUACUCUUGUGAGAAAAUCUUUCUCCAUUUUCCAACCUUUUAUUUUUUGAAUCUUUUUAAUUUUUUAUUUUGGAUUUAGUUACCAAUACCAUACAUGCUCUUGUUUCUUAUUCUGAAGUUAGUGGGUGAUUGUUGCUUCUUCCACAUUCUUUUCUUUUUAUUUAUUAUUAUUAUUAUUAUUAUUAUUAUUAUUAUUAUUUAUUAGUUUAAGGCCCAAUAAUGAAUACUCAGCCUCAACGCUAGGGUAUGAUGAUGGUUGAAGAAUGAGAAGAUGGUUAUUAAUUAGGUUACAAGUUUGUCAUGAGAGAGAGAGAGAGAGAGAGAUUGCUAGCUAGCUUCUAGCUGGAAACUUUCUGUUGAGAAAAGGAUUGAUCUUGUGUAUGGAGGUGGGAGUGUGGGUUUGAUGGGGCUUGUUUCUCAGGCUGUUCAUGAUGGUGGCCGCCAUGUCCUAGGGGUUAUCCCCAAAAGUCUCAUGCCAAGAGAGAUAACUGGUGAUCCAAUUGGUGAAGUGAGAGCAGUAUCUGAUAUGCACCAAAGGAAAGCUGAGAUGGCCCGUCAAGCUGAUGCCUUCAUUGCCCUACCUGGUGGUUAUGGAACACUUGAGGAAUUGCUGGAAAUUAUUACAUGGGCUCAGCUUGGUAUCCAUAGCAAACCGGUGGGGCUGUUGAAUGUGGAUGGGUUUUACAAUUCAUUGUUAAGUUUCAUAGACAAAGCCGUUGAUGAAGGCUUUAUUUCUCCAAAGGCACGUCGCAUAAUUGUGUCAGCACCCACAGCCAAACAAUUGGUCACAGAACUUGAGGAACAUGUACCUGAACAAGAUGAGGUUGUAUCCAAGUUGGUUUGGGAAGAGAGGCUAAAUUACGUGCCUGAAUCAGAAGUUGCCAUGUGAUUAAAUGAUCAAAGAUCAAGACUCUUAAUUAGUAGUUGGAGGAAAUUGAUGAAGGAAAAAAAAAUUAAAAUCCUACAAUAGCUUUAUUUUUUGGUUUAUUUAUUAUAUGUAUUUUGGGUAAAUAUUAUUAUAUAUAUAAAUAUAUAAGAGUCACACAUGGGCAUUUUAGGAACCGUAGGAAAUUCAAUACAUCAUCUUUUUUUUUGUUCUUUUUGGUUUUUCCAACUUUAGUGGUUGAUGAUGAUGCCCCCUAGUAAGUGGUAGUAGUAUACAAAAAAAUGAGGGUAGUCCAAAAAAAUAUUGUGGAAAAAAAA